AUGGAGAGUUGCGGGCCAGAACGGAGUGGACAAGUUUGCAGACUUUUAAGGCAGAGUUAUGACGCUAAUUUUAAGAUAAUGGUGGUCAACGAAGCAGAGGCAUCAAAUAACUGUUAGGCUGCCAAGAAAUACGGAGUUACGGAGUGUAAUGUCCGAAGAUGGCGCGUCCAAAAAGACCGUCUGAAAAAUGCCAAUAGCAAGAGAAAAGCUUAUCGAGGUCCUCAAAGUGGCCGUUUCCAACAAAUCGAUAGGAGGGUAUGUGAAUUUGUUAUCGGGAAACGUAACGAAGGCAUGCCCAUUACCAGGGCCGUCAUCCGGCUGAAAGCUCUGGACAUCGCUAAGGAGUUAAACAUACCCGCCACCGAGUUUAAAGCCAGCAUCGGCUGGUGCAGGAGGAUGAUGCGCCGGAGCGGCCUCGCAUUACGGUGCAGAACCAGCCUGGCCCAGCACCUGCCGUCUGACUUUGGAGAGAAGCUGCAGUCUUUUCAGCGCUAUGUGAUUGGCUUGAGGAAAAAACACUCAUACCCCCCUGAUCAGAUCGGGAACGCCGACCAAACCCCUGUGUUUUUUGACAUGCCCACGCCCGUGACCGUGCACAAAAAAGGCGAGACGUCUGUGAUUGUGAAAUCAACUGGAAAUGAAAAGAGUCGGGUCACCGUGAUGUUGGCGUGCCUGGCAGACGGGACAAAGUUGCCCCCUUAUGUGAUUUUAAAAUGCAAAACGGUGCCAAAAGAGGUGAUGCCAGCUGGCAUUGUUGUACGUGCCCAGGAAAAGGGCUGGAUGGAGAGUGAACUUGUGGUGGACUGGCUUAAAGUGGUGUGGGGAAGACGGCGCGGGGCUCUAAAAAACAAGAGAAACAUGCUCAUUAUGGAUGCUUUUCGCGGACACCUGACAAACGCUGUCAAAGCUCAGGUGAGGAAGAUGAAUGGCGAUUUAGUCAUCAUACCAGGAGGAAUGACGAGCCAGCUACAGGUGUUGGAUGUGGUGGUUAACAAGCCGUUUAAGGAUAAUCUGCGCAAGAGGUACACCGAGUGGCUCCUGGCAGGUGACCACGCGCUCACACCGUCUGGAAAAAUCCAAAAGCCAGCUGUACGCCAACUUUGUGAAUGGAUUCUCCAGGCGUGGGAUGAAGUGACAUCAGAGAGCAUCAUCAGUGGAUUCAAAAAGUGCUGCAUCUCAAAUGCAUUGGAUGGGAGUGAGGAUGAUGUUCUGUGGGAGGAGACGGGACUGCAGGCUGAGAGUGGGAGUGACAGCGAGCACAGCGGGGCUGAGGACGUAUACGAGUAAAAGCCUCAUGCAGACUUUUGAUGAGACAUUAUGUGAGCAAAGUUCUGAUUGCAUUCUAGUUGGAGUGUUGCAAGAUUUCAGCUAAAUGUGUCAGUACAGUGUUUUUUUUUCAGUGUUUACGUAAUUGCACAAAUCGUCUUACAUAUAGAUAUUACCUUUCAAUGCAGAUUGCCUUAGCUUUGCAUAUUUUGCCAAAAAUUAAAGCACUCUGUGAUUAUUAUUUCAAUGAAUUUCUUAGCACUUCAAUAUAAAAUUGUUUCUUUAAACAAAGUAAAUUUGGGU